UUGCCGUUGUCGUUGUCGUUGUCGUUGUCAUGGCUUUAGAUGAUAGCGAUGGUUCUAGCCAAGAUAUAGAACGGCAAAUGCGGGAGUCUGAUGAGCGGUACAAGAGGAAGAGAGACGAAGAGGAAGCCGAAGUAUUGGCUGCCGAAGUAGUGGAUGCAGCCCCAGUCAUUCCAGUCGUAGCAGUCGCAGCAGCAGCCUCAAUUCCCGCAGCGAAUUUCCUUGUCGGUGGGCGUCCACGUCUUAGCUUGUGGGAUCUACAACAAAAGCGCCAGCUGCAGACGCAGCAACUCCACCAACAGCGAGCCCUCGCAGUGCCGCUACCACCACUGCCAUAUUACGAAGAUCGAUUGCCCAAGACAUGUACAUGGGACAACUCAAAGCGCAAGAGUCACGGGAGCGGCCGCCACGGUAUCGUGCUAGCUCCCCUUCGCCUGCUAGGUCUGCAUCCCCGUCAGAGCGAAAGGUCAUGAGGGAAGCGGCAAAGGCCGGACAAAAGAAGAAGAAAGAGGACGAGAAAAUAGCGAAGAAGGUGGCCGAUGCUAAGCAGGCAGAGCGCAUCAAAGUUGUGAUCAGCAAGUACGACCCCUUGAAAAAGCAAAUUGUCUGCGGUGAAGAAGAGAAUCCGAAAGAUAAGGAGAUGUACCGUGUGGCCAAGACGUUGAUCUACGACAAAGGAGAACCAAACGAAAUGACAUUUGAUCUGUCAAAAUUCAGUAGUGUACAGAUCCGUGAACUCACUCUGAAGUGUCAAGUCAAGGGAGGAGGCAGCAUGACAAUGUGCGAUGCUAGGAAGGAGAUUGCCCGCAGUAUUGAGAUGGGAACCAUGUACAACGACACGACAGUUUCAAACCUUGCGUUGGAUCCCUUAGCCAAGAGGAUCAACACUCUCGUCAAAGUCCUCAAUAUCUGCUUCCAUCCUACUAUUUACCCUCACUUCGUCUCCCUCAACGACAGCAAUAAUCGAAAGGACUUCGAACGAGAGCCACUUUCACAGGAGGGUGUGACCGGAAAUCCGUUCAAGGACUUUUGGCUUCUCGUUUCAGAGCACAUGAAUGAGACGAAUGAGACGUUUGAGGAACGGUUAUUUGACGACGUCUUGGGUCUCCAGGAGGGGGAAGACGAACAUCUACUUGCGUACAGUGCCGAAUUCGGUUUCAACUUGAAUGACAUUAACCGUGACCAGAACAACAAGUCAGUUCAGCGGCUGAUGAGCGAUUUGAUGAAGUCCAAAGAUAAUUGUCUUGCACAAAUGAAGAUAUCGGGCCAUCAUAGCAAUGACAUAUGGACUUAUUGCAUAGUGAAGAGGUGGUGUACUCCUCGGAAGGGAAUGGCGGCCGUACCUGCCAUAGCGGUGUACUAUUGUGCCUAUCUCUGCAAACUCCAUCCCACAAUUGAAGGCAAAUUUGCCACGUUUCUGGAAGCCAGUUUGAAGAGUGAUUCCACCGUCGAUAUGACAGGAAGCGCUGAUGCUGCCGGUAAAGGCGGCAAACAAGCUGCGGCAGACGUCAUGGCAUCGAUCACCAGCGUCAGUUCUGACCUGAAAGAAUCUAUUGUCCAAAGGAAAGAGAUUACGGAGGAUGCCGCGGAUAAGAAUCUCUGGGAUGGCUAUCUGGUGGUUGGCAAACAGUACCUGAAAAUCAGGGCGGAAAUAGACAGCGGUGACUCCUCCAGCGCUCCCCUUGCGAGAGUCAUGGAAAUUCGACUUGGUCGACUCGAAAAGAAGUUGAACAUUCCGGCUGAAUCUUCCCUCAUUGUCGCAACGGAAUAUUAA